UAAGAUGAUGCAGGUACACAUUGCUUUAUUUGGAAACUAAUUGAUAAUAUAACUUAGCUGAUAGACUAUCCUCGUUAAUUUACCGUCAAUAAGGAAACAAUUGAAAAACAAUUUUACCCAGUCUUCUUUUUUGUUUCAAUGUCCGUUUACACUUAAACGUGUAAUUGUUAGGGUUUUUUUCGUUCAAGCAUUUUAAUCCUGAUGUUUUAUAGAUAUUAAAAUAAAUGAAAAAGCAAGCGACAUGACUUGUAUAUAUAAACCAAGUACAUCGGCGAUCUUGCUACACGUUUUUGGAAUUCUUUUUUUACUCAGCUCUUCGAUUCUUUCAGCUACCAUUAGGCCAAACUUGUGCAGACAAUCAGAUGGAUCAAUGUACUGUUGCACUGGUUACUAUCUGACCAAAAAUGGUUGUCAAGAAUGCGUCGGUUCAGUUGGUUUAAACUGUUCUUUGCCAUGUCCUCCUGAAUAUUUUGGACCAAAAUGUGCUUCGCAUUGCCAAUGUACGAAAGAUGAAUGUGAUGCAAAAUUUGGCUGCCCUAAAGAUAUGAAAACAACAAUGAACAUUUUCAAAAUAUCAGCCAUGUCACAAACAGUUCCCCCAAACAUCAUAUCUGAAAAUUUCUUCCAAAAGCUGUCUUUAGCAAAUUGGGUGCUAAUAUUCAGUACUGCCAUCGUAAUAGUUUCUGUAGCCAUCGGAUGCAUCAUCUUUGUCGGAAUCAAAGUAAAGAAAAAAGAGAGACGUAACCAAAAUGAAUUUAGCCCGGAAACUGAAUUGAAGGAGAAAAUUGAAACGUAACCAAAACGACUUCAUCUUGGAAAUGGAAUUUAAGAAGGACUUCAAUAAUUCAACAUGGAUCCCGAGUUCAUGGACAUCAUAAAAGGAAAAGGCCAUUGAAAUACUCUGAUGUUUAUAACUAUCCUAUUGGAAUUUUAAACUUUAACGUGCUUAAGGUACUUCACGACACCGAGACUUAUACUUUUUAAGACACUACGUCACAAGAUGGCGAUUUAAAUGUUUUGUUAAACUGUUUAUAUCAAUCGAUUCUGAUGUAUAUCGUCAUAGCUCAGUGAUUAAAGUAUCAGGCUUGUGAAACGCAGGUCAUGAGUCCCAAUCCCCCUGGGGCUUUUGUUUAUGUAUACUGAAUGAAAUUUUUGAAAAUGUAAUUUUUUAUCUAAAAUUGCACAUUUUUUCGCCUAUUUGACAUAUAUGCUUCUUAUCCAUUAUGCUUUCUAUCAUAAUCAAGUAAUUUUCUGCUGAUUUGAGAAACUAUUUCAAGGUGUAGUGAGGCACCUUAACACAGAUCCUUCUAUCAUAACGGAAAUAUUACAUUUACCUAUAAGGGUCGGAAAUUUGAGGUACAUACGUACCAUGUCCGUGCGUACAAAAAGGAGGUGUUGGAAAAGACAGACUGGAGAGCUGCUUUUCUCACGCCUCCUUUUUAUACGCACGGACACUGUACCUCAAAUCUCCGAACCUUACAAGUACAUGUGUGCAAGUGCAUACCUAUGAUCUGACGCCCCGUGGUCAACAGAAGCAUUUUAUCUAUAUUUCCGACCCGGUGUCGACAGGUUCAUCACUGGACUAACUUAGUAAUUACCCAUUUUUUCCAUAAACGCAACCAAUAAUGCACUAUUUUUAUAGCGAAUGUACUUAUAACUCUGUAGAAUUUCCGUUAUGAUACUUCUAACAAACAUAAUGCUCUUUAAAAGGAAUAUUAAAGCAAUAGUACAAUUGAUAAGAUAAAAACGUACAUGUAUUUUAAGGUCAGACGACACGUUCCUCGAGAAUCUUUUUUGUAUCUCCUCAUAAUAAAGAGUUCCAAUAAAAAAUAUUAAUUUUAUAAUUACUUUAAAAAUGAUCAAAAUUUACUUCGAUUUUGUUAUAUGUCUAGAUGGUCGAGUGGAUAGAACCGUGGCCACUCACUGCAAGAAGCGUACAGGUUCUAAAGGUCGUGAGUUCAAAGCCCCACCUCGGCGGAGAUAUAGUUCUAAUGUAUUGAAUUUCGCUGUGCUGUAGAUGUUUUUAUUUUAAUAUCAGCAAUUCAAGAGUAUUUUUAGGGAGACUCUAUAGGAAAUUGCAUACUCUAGUAUUUUGCAGAAAUGCCUGGUAAGGUACCCUAAUUUUUUGCAAGAAAGCUUGUCAAAGUAGUAGUAAACCACCAACAAAUUCCUGGAAAAAGUUAUAAAAUUGAGGAACGUGUCGUCUGACCUUAAAUACAUCAUGUACUUGAGAAACUCAUUAGAGGCUACGUGAUCGUGACCACAUAUUUUUUAACCAUAUACAGGCUAAUUUAGGUGUACCAGUAUGCCAAUUGUGAUGAAUUUAGAAGGAGUAACGCCCAAAUUUUUACCAAUCAGCAGUAUCUUCUUCAAAUCAGACUCUCUAAUUGAUUUCAUUCUGUAACAAAGAUGAGUUCAUGUCUCUCUAUCUUGUUUGCGUGAUUUUGUUACCGACUGAAUGUAUGCACAGUUGUUAUGCUUGUAUUGAUGUGUUAUCACAUUAAUUAUUGUAAAUCCAUUUCAAAAAUGAACGGGUCUCUUUCGACUACAGUGACGUUUUUGUAAAUUCAAACCAGGUUUGGGGUAAUGCUAAAUGUAAUUGUAAUGCAUUGCAAUGCAUUACAGGUUUUUAAAGUAAUGCUAGUAAUGUGUAAUGCCACAAAUUUAGCAUUACAAGUAAUGGUAAUGUAAUUGGACUAAGAUAAAAUACAAGAUUCAUGUAUUGUAUUUUUCUCUUAUUGUCUGAACACAUAAUAAUGAUAAAAAUUGCCAAACAGUAUCUUUGAUUCCAUAUUCCACUGUUUCUGUAGGAUGUUUAUUUAAUAUAGCUAGGAAGAUUUUCAAACCUGACAGGAUGCAGUUAAAAGAUAAAACCUUUAAAACUUUGAUGAUCUUAGAGUGCAACAGCAAUCUUGUAUAAGUUAAUUAAACCUGAUAGUGAACAUAAACCUGUGGACAGGCUUGGGGUAAUGCUAAAUGUAAUGGUAAUGCAUUACAAUGCAUUACAUGUUUUCAAAGUAAUGCUAGUAAUGUGUAAUGCCACAAAAUUAGCAUUACAAGUAAUGGUAAUGUAAUUCAUUACUUUCCAAAAUCUAGUGUAAUGCUGGCAUUACAUGGCAUUACUUUGCAUUAUUAUGCUUAUUUAUGCAUGUGAUGAAUAAAUGAAAAGUGAAAAUAGAAUUUGAUUAAAUGUAUUUUUAAAGAAGAAAGAAAUAAUUAUUGAGAUAAAAAUGUUUUAAUUGUAUUAUUAAUCGAUAAAUUGAGUGUUGUUAUUAAGAGUUUUAAUCAUUUAAACAAUUUAAUCUAAUUAGUCUACACUUCAAUAAGAAAUGUGUCAACAACACACUAUUCUCCCAGGAUAAUCUAAGUAUCAAAACAAUCUAUUGUUAUAAGAAGUGCUAAACACCCUAAUCCCCUUCCCUUCACUAUGUCCCAAUAGAAUAGGAGACCGACAUGCACAUUUAAAAGCAAAAUGAAUGCACUGUCCAUCCAUGAUGAAAAUCAAUAUCACUUCCAGUAUUAUAACCCAUUUGAAAAUAUUUUUACUUACUUAUUCUCUCUCUCUCUCUCUCUCUCUCUCUCUCUCUCUCUCUCUCUCUCUCUCUCUCUCUAUUUAGCUUUUGAUAACCGCAACAUUAUUCCAUAAAUUGUUUUUUGUUAUGCAUGUAAUUCUGUG